AUGGGCGAUGCACUAUGCGGGCCGUCGAAUGCGCUGCAGAACUUCCAGAAGCAUACGGCCGUUGAUCGGACCUUGCAACAGGAUCGCUUGAUUUCCAGACAGCCAGCAGGACAGGGAUUCCGAUCACAAAGUCCGCGGGAUGGAAUCCUGGACCCCGAGUUCGCGGCCUUCGAAGCCAACCACGGAGUCCCGGCAAAUCUGCCAGAUAUUCAACAUCCAGCUCACUUUGGAGCUCCUGCACACCAUCCCGCAGCUGUGCACCAAGGACCCAAUUGGGCGUCAGAUUUCCAAAACCUACACAUCUCAGGGCCCGCGCCACCCCAGCUACAAGCGCCGUCUAUUGCGCCAGCUCAAGCUGGAUGGCAAAAUGAAUUUAUGAGCCAGCAGCCUCAACAGCGAGCUGCAACCCAUCAUAUCCAGGCACAGCAGCCGGCACACCAUGCAUUUCAGCCUGCUUUUGCGCCUAGCUACCCGAUGUACAAUGGAUCUAUGAAUGCACACCAAGUCCCACAGCAAGCUCCCGUGGUGAAUGCUGCACCGACAGAGCAAUUCGACGAGUCGGCCUUCGAGGCAGCAUUUGAGCAAGCUCGAGCCGAUAUGCAGGAACUGCAGGAAACCGAGGUUACAGCAGAGACCGAAAGUCUCGCCAAGGAGGAAGCCGUCCAACUUGACCCUGCCGCACAGGUGCACGAAGAAAUCAGAAUCGGAUCCGACACCAUCCUCCAGUCAGAGCAAGACCCUCUCACACGAAAUCGAGACGCGGAUGCACUUGCGCAGACUGCGGGCCAACUCCUCGAUAGCGUUCGCCACGAGCAAGACCAGAAGUUCCAACAAAGCAACUUCCUAGCACUGAUGCGGCGAAUUCGUGAUCGUGAGGUACAAGUGGAGGGAGACGAAUUCCGCGAAACGGCGCAAUCUCUCCAUCCCGGCGGGCGGUAUUACCCGGGCCAGUCCCCGGAACCGACCACAUCGUCCGACAGUACUAGUAAGGAGCCUACCAUGUCCACAGUGCCAUAA